GUGAUGUGUGAGCUCUAGCGAGAUCACAAAAUGUAUCUUAUAAAUAAGUAUUUUUUUUAAAUAAAUUUGAGAAAUGUGAUCAAAAUUCGUCAGUAAAUUUUAACUUAAAAAAUUAAGCAAUCAUAAAAGUGGUAUAAUAUCUGAUCAGUGUAAAUAAUGUCUACAAGUAGUGAUUCAGAUGAAUUUUAUGAUGCGGAAGACAAUACAAUCCCAAAUAAAUUAGUGAGGAAAUCGAAAACGCCAAGAUCACAGGACGACUGUAAUGAUGAUGUAGAAACAAAAGAGCAACUCAAUCUUAAACCAAAUUCCGAUGAUAUAACGCCAGAAAUCAACAAAAUUCAUAAGAAUGGAAGACGAAAAUUUCACGAACUUCGGCAGUGCAUGCAAGCCGAUGAAGACGAUAAUGGCCCAACAAAUAAUUCGACUCCCGAAUCCCAAGGAAGUUCGGUCGACGGCGUUUUCCCGGCGCCGCGAACUACUCAUCCCUUUCGGAUAAUUGAACAUGACACGGUCAGCAUGCAAAGUAUGACGUCGUUAGGACGGAUCGGCCGAAUACUAUCUGGAGCGACAGACCCGUCAGGUACGAGUGUUGGUCGAGACCCGUCAUUACUACCAGCAACAUCGGCAUCUAUUGUAUCUUUAUGUUCGAAAGACUCAAAAGAUUCUGAAUCCAUUCACUCAAGUACAAAAAAUAUAGAAUGCGCCACUAACGGCGUGAAAAAUGCUCAAUCCAGAAAUGAAAUAUUGACUUCUACCGGAUCGAAACAGACUAAUAAUUCUUCAGGGCCAGAAAUAACGCAAAUGUGUACGCAAAAUGUUCCUGAUACAGACCAUUCGCGGUAUGAUGGUGAUGGUAAUGGUAAUAUAGAGUCGAGACAACUGCAAGAACCAGAUGUAAUUGCAAGUACAAAGAGUAACAAUAAGAAUAAAGACAAAGACGAUGGUUCACCUGGACCAGUUGCGCCGCCGAGGAAAAAGAAGAAACAUCGGACGGCAUCUCUCAGUAAUGAAGAUCGCAUGUAUAAUGACCGGGUUAAGAAGGAUGGUAAACACAGUCUUAAUGUUGAAGCUUCGUCAUUGAAUGAUUUCAAUCCACAAAGUGGUAGUCCAUUACCAAGUCCAGCUAGUACCAUCGAAUCCCUAACCAGAGAGUUAGAACACUCACUUGAUGUCACAAAUUCUAACAAAGGUAAAUAUGUUGUAAAACCAAAUGAUGAAGACAAGUCUCGUGCUGAAGGACCAUCACCAGAAGAACUAGAACGAAUUGAACGCCUCAAACAUGAAGUAUUACAUUGUGUUCGGGCUCCAAAUUUGAGUGGUCAAAGCGGCCAUUCAAGUUUGGGCCCGAGUUUAAAAUAUUAUAGUCCACAAAAUUCAAAAGAAAGACGAAAAUCAGCAGGAGAUGAAGACCUACUUAAGCAAUUAAAUAUGUAUGUUCGCACAAGAACAGAUUCCGGAAAGGAAUUGACAGAUAUGGAAAUUCUAGAACAAGUUACCGUAUUAAAUUUAGACACUGGCGAGCGCGUGCCACUGAGUGUAGCCGAAGACAAAUUACCACAAUGUAUAAAUCCUUUAUCUUUGCAUAUUAUGAGGUUGACAAGUGAGUAUGUUAGUACAAAUAGUCUUAAUAAACAAGGAGAGAGUGAUGAGGAAAGCAUGACCGGACCUACACAAGGUAUGGGAUUAGGAGAAGGCGAAACUGAAAGUGAAGAAGCAAGCAAGUUGCGCAGAGGAACAGCUAGACUCAAACGAUUCCUUGGGUCAACUGUAAAGAAAACAAUGGAUAAAGCGAAAUCAAUAGCACAUUCUAGACACAGAGAUGAUGUUACAGACGUUGAUGAAUUGUCAAGUCCGGGAGAACCUAGUCUAAAGUUCAAAAAUUCAGCCUCUCACAAAGGACCAUAUGAAUUUGAUAGCAUUCAACGUGUUCAAGAAUUGUCUGGACAGCAUGUGGGUCCUGUGUGGUGCAUGAAAUUCAGUACAUGCGGAAGAUUACUAGCAACUGCAGGUCAGGAUAGAUUAUUAAGAGUUUGGGUACUAAGAGAUGCAUACACAUUUUUCCAAGAUAUGCGAACUAAAUAUAAUGCAGAUCAGAAAGUAUCACCUACCCCAUCUCAAGAGUCUUUAGUAUCCCAACAUUCAGCAGAAGAACUCGGAAAUUUGGAUGGUACCGGACCAUUUAUGCCAAGGCCUUUUUGCUCAUAUUCAGGGCAUACUUCCGAUUUAUUAGAUGUAUCAUGGUCAAAGAACUAUUUUGUACUAUCUAGUUCAAUGGAUAAAACUGUUCGAUUAUGGCAUAUAUCUAGAAAAGAGUGUUUAUGUUGUUUUCAACAUAUUGAUUUUGUAACGGCUAUUGUAUUCCAUCCCAGGGAUGAUAGAUAUUUCUUGAGUGGAAGCCUUGAUGGCAAACUUAGGUUAUGGAAUAUACCUGAUAAGAAAGUAGCAGUUUGGAAUGAAGUUGAUGGUCAAACUAAAUUAAUUACAGCAGCUAAUUUUUGUCAAAAUGGUCAAUUUGCAGUAGUAGGUUCCUACGAUGGACGUUGCAUAUUUUACACGACUGAUCAGCUGAAAUAUCACACUCAAAUCCAUGUACGAUCAACGAGAGGCAAGAAUGCAACUGGAAGGAAAAUUAGUGGCAUUGAGCCAAUGCCAGGUGAAGAUAACAUGCAUAAAAUUUUGGUAACAUCAAAUGACAGUAGGAUUCGAUUGUAUGAUUUGCAUGAAUUAAAUCUCUCAUGCAAAUAUAAAGGGUAUAUGAAUGUAUCCAGUCAAAUAAAAGCAUCAUUUAGUCACGAUGGUAAAUAUAUCGUAAGUGGCUCAGAAAAUCAGUGCAUUUAUAUUUGGAAGACCCACCAUGACUACUCCAAAUUUAGUUCGGUAAGAAGAGAUAGAAAUGAUUUCUGGGAAGGAAUAAAAGCCCAUAAUGCCGUUGUAACUUGUGCUGUAUUUGCACCUCAUCCUGAUUCUAUUAUUAAAUUAGUGGAGGAACGCGAAGGAGCGUCAGCUAACAACGGGUCUCAGACAUAUUUAUCAGAAACAUCUAACAAGGUGGAGGACCCAAUGGUGGAGCAGCGAACACGCGGCUGCGGUGGACACGUGUUAGUAAGUGCCGAUUUUAACGGUUGCAUAAAAGUUUUCAUUAACAAAACGAAACCUAAACACAGCUCAUUACCAGCAUCGGCGCUCGCAUAA